GUUUGUGUUUGUCUUGACAACAACAAGGUUAUGUUUUGAUAACUUUCACGAAAUUUACAGAAUAGUAAAGGAUCAUUAAAUUUUACAUUUGGUUUUUAAUUUAGUAUACUUAAUUGACUGAAAUCUGUUAAAAUGGCCCCAAAGGGUGGAAAAGGAAAGGCCGGAAAGAAAGCACCAGCCAUUAUAAUUGAUGGAGUGGAUACAUCAGAAAUGUCUAGAGAAAAAUUGGAGCAAUUCACCCUCAAAGUUAAAGAAGAACUGGACAAAGAAAGAGAGGAACGAAACUAUUUUCAACUGGAAAGAGACAAAAUAAGGACUUUUUGGGAAAUCACGAGACAACAACUAGAAGAAGCUAAAGCAGAGUUAAGAAAUCGAGAGAGAGCGACAGAGGAAGCACAAGAGGAAAAUGAGGCAAUUUUGGAGACUGAAAAACAAAGAAUUAAACAUUUGAAGUAUGAACAGCAAGCCGCUGCAGCAGCCCUGAGAGCUGAAAACUUAGUUGCACUAAAAGCAGCUAAAGAAGAACAUGCAGAGCAAGAGGCCGAGCUUCUUCAUGACAAGAGAAUGCUUCGACAAGAAAUCAGAGAAAAGAUGGCGGCCGCUCAAGAUGAACUGCGACGCGCCAAACUAGUGCACGCUGAAGAAUUAUCAAAAACCAGAGCAGAGUUUGAAGAAAAAGCCCGUCAAAUCGAAGAAAAGGCGGAGAAAAAACUAAACGAAACCAAAGUAGAGUUGACAGUGAAACACAGAACUGAAAUUGCAGAAGUUGAAGAGCGGAAAAACAAACAGCUUUCUGAGUUGAUAGAGCAUCAUGAGAAAGCGUUCACUGAUUUGAAAAACUAUUACAACGAUAUCACUUUAAAUAAUUUAGGAUUAAUUAGUAGUCUAAAAAGCAAGAUGGAAGAGAUGCAGAAAGUGAAAGAGAGAGCUGAAAAGAUUGCUCGGGACGCUCAAGCUGAAGUCAAAAGUUUACGAGAUCCAUUAGAUGCGGCCAUUGCUGAAAAUAAAGAGCUGAAGAGACAAAUGUCGAACUAUGACAGAGAUAAAGCUUCUUUGGUGGCCAACUCAAAACAAUUAGCGUCUCUGGAGAAGCAGUUUGAUGUUCUCAAAUGGGAGUAUGAAGUGCUUCAGGUUCGCUUUGACAGAGUCAAGAGGGAACGAGAUGAGCUGAAAAACAGGUUCACACGAGCGGUGUUGGAGGUGCAGCAGAAGACAUCACUGAAGACAGCACUCCUGGAGCAACGGCUGAAGAGCAUGGAGGGAAGGACCAUGGUCCCGAGGGAUAUGCAGGAGCUACUAAAACAAAAAGACACGCACAUAGAAGACCUGCGUUAUGAAGCGGCAAGACUGAAGAAGGCUCAUGACGAUCUUUUGGCUACUUAUGAAGCAAAACUGGCCAAACUAGGCAUACCUGCAGAGGAACUAGGCUUUAAACCAUUGAAAGCUGUGGAAGUAGCAGGUUUGAAUCCUGUAAUAGGCCAGGGACCAGCGGGACUUGUAACCAAAGAACAAUUUUAAUAUUCAGUAAUAAAACCUAAUUGUCAAUAAAAUGUCUGUAUAAUCAAGCAGAAACUGUAUUUUUAUAACAUAAUAGAUUAUGCUUUAUUAUAAUA